AUGAAACCGAUCCUUUUCUCAAUAUAUUCCCGGCGACCGUUCGCUUUCUCCGGUGCUACAGCCACCACUGAUCAGGACGCAUGGACUCCAACACCGCUGAAGACUUGGUUCUGGGUUCCUUUCGUCUGUGUACUAGUGGCAGGGGCAAUUACACUGGAAGUUGCGCUGAGCUUCAGUCAUCGCAAGCAUGGAUGGGCUACGAGCGCCUCAUUCUCAUCUGAGGAGGGCAUAUUGCAUUAUGUCUAUACUCUUCCCCCGGUGGGCGUGGCAAUGAUCAUCGUUGGCCUUUGGACAUGGACGGAUAUGGAAAUCAAACGUCUGCAGCUCAGCCUUGGUUCUCUGGGGUGCUUAUUUCAACAGGCACUGGCUAGUGAUUCUCACCUCCCUUAUGGUUCUUCUCUGCCUCGCCUUUCAACCACUCUCUGCCGCCCAGUAUCAAGACUUGACUUGUAUGUCGUAUACUCAACAUAUAGUGUGAUUACUGAUGAUGAACGGUCUCUUGUAGCAUUCCUAGGUGCCUCUGGUUAUGCCUCUUCAUCGAUUUUGUACAAUCUGGGAGACACACCUUUUGUGCAUAACGGCUUCACUGUCGGGGAAAUAGAGCUUCCUUACGAUGUCGCAAACACCGGAAAUCUAACUGCCAAUACCACCGCCAUUUUCACCGAUCCAGGAUGCCGAGAACCCGACAACAACGUAUGUUGGACUAACAGCGCAGUCUUCAGCGGCUGUAACUUCACCUGGGAAGUCAACAAAUCCUCAGUACACCUCUUCGGCGCCGAAAUCAUGCCCGACUGCUCCGCCUUCGACUCCUCCGACCCAGCCUUCAUGCCCGUCAUCUUCUGGUUCUUCACAUAUGAGCCUGCUGCCGCUGCCUCCGUCACACUUUGCGCGCCCACAAUCCAGGUCCAAAAUGUCGCCAUUGCUGUCGAUCUCGGCUCGUCGAACCUCACAUCCGUGACCACUCUGGGAAACGUGACGGCCGGCGAGGAAAACUUCACGCAGUUCGCAGGGAACGUAACGGGCGAUCCACUGGACGGGAGGGCGUAUAAUGGAUUGAACUGGACGGCAAAUCAGUUGGUGUCGGAUCCGUUCGUGAAUGCAAGGGCGACGGCGAUUCAGUUGCAGUUGCCCGCUGCUGUGUUUCAGAGUGCGGAACAGAGCCAGCAGGGACUUACUGCUGCGUUUGCGAAUAAUUCGUUCGCGGAGCUGUCGGCGACGGUUUAUAGGACAUACCUUGCGAUGUUGGCGAAGCUUGUGUACUUCGUUGAGGAUAACGAGCCAAUCAAUGUCCGGAUAUCCACCACCCAGAAGAGGCUCACGAUGAGUGACAUCGCCGUACACCUCCUCUCCGCUGGGAUGCUCACGCUCAGCCUAUUCACUGUCGUUGUUCAACUCCUCCAUAAACGCUCUCGGCAAGACCUCCGUCUCCUACACCAGCCAGGAACCCUGGCCUCCGCGGCGUCAUUCACUGCCUCCACCGGUACAGCCGCCCUUCUCGAUGGCCAGCAACGCCGAGAGGACCUUUACAAGGCGCUUCGAGAUAGGAAGUUCAGGAUCAACCCUGUCACAAAUAAGAUUGUGAUGGAGGGUGAGCCUGAGUAUCCGUUCUCGAAGAGUCCAAAUUGGAGGAAGUCGUUCUUUGGAAGCUCGGGCAGAGCAGGUCAGAGCUGA